CACAGCCAUACUGGAAUUAUUUAGCAACUAUGCAAACAUUCGCCUAGGACUUGAACACACUCUCAGCUUAGGACCAGUAGUCAUUAAUAACAAGCCCUCAUUGAAGCUGGAAAUAUCACGGAUGCGUAUCACUCACGAGGACGGUAGCAAGACAUCAACAGGUGAACCCAGUCCUAGAGUCUGUAUGCAGGUGUUAGAGUUUCUGAAGAAAGAGAUGCAAGUGCUGACAUCUGGAAUGAAGCACACACGUUAUAAGUUCCGUGUCCUGUGCUGGACAAGCUUGCGAGAAAUGCACUUCCACGAUUUGGAGGAGUGCCUGGAAAAUGUCUGUAUUCCAUGCGGGAAGGAAUUGAUAACCACAAUUAAACUUCAGAAGAUGUUCAAGAAUAAGCAACUAGUGACAGAUUCUUCAAUGCCAGCAGCAGGUUCCAGCGAUGCUGAAACAGCGCCACCAGAUUUACAAGCAGAAUUCAUCGAAGAAACUAGAAAUUUUCAAGCAAUUCAGUCGUUAAUUAUUGACUUUGGAACAAAGAAGAUGAAGGACUUCUUCUUAAAAACAGCACAGCAAACAAGCUCCUCUUUUGUUGAAUUCCUGAAGAACGAGAAAGAAAAGGGAAGCUUUGAAAAUAUGGAACAUUUCCAGGGUGAAGAUAAGAUGUUUUCACCUGAUGCUGACAUUGAUACAUUUGAUAUUGACAUCCUGAUGACAUUGAUACGUUAUUGUUGUGGAUCCACGUUUUCUGAUGAUAUGUGGCAGCAACCACAUACGAUACGCAGUCCAGUACUUGCCAAUCUGUUCCGCAUCUCUCAGUAUAAAAAGACUAAAUUAGAUCAGAAUACAAGUUGCAGAAUACCAACCAAAGACUUCGAAGAUGAAUGGAAAAGGAUAAAAGAAAUCUUCUUGAAUCUUGGCAUCACAUCCAAAGAAAUCGAAGACAUACGUCAUAAAAAAGGUUUUGACAAGACUACUAUUACAGAAAUGCAAAACUUCCAAGCAGUUAUGUCACUUGUUGUGGACCUUGGAACGGAUGUGAUGAGGAAAUACUUCCUAAGAGUCAAUAACCUAAAAGAGAAAAAUGUUGGACAGUUUCUGAUGAAUCAGAAGAGCAACUUUAGGAAGGCAAGAUUGUUUAAAGAUCAGGAGAAUAAAAUGUUUACACCAAAUGCAGACAUUAACUCAUUUGAUAUUUCAAUCAUGAUUAAAAUCAUACGCUAUUGCAAACAUUUUCCGGAUUCUUUUUGGUCACAACCCGAAAAUCAUGAUAACGUACUUCCAAAUCUAGUUCGUAUACAUCAGUAUAGAAAUACAAAACUUGCUCAUUCAGCCAGUGCAAGGAUGCCAACUAAUGUGUUCGAGGUUGAAUGGAGGAAGCUGACGUCAAUAUUACAAGGCGCUGGAGUUCCUUUAGAAAAGAUUGAUGCAUACAAGCAACUUCGAUUAGUAAUCUGACUUCAAUAUAGCCAACUAUUUGAAGUCUACACAUUCAUCAUUGUGUGUGUUAUGUCCCCUGUGGUACCAUUUGUUAGAAUUAGAUUUACCUUAUGCCACAUUCAUCAUCGGCAAUUAUAUUAUAUAUUUCAGAAUAUUAAAUAAAUAAUUUGGGACUAUUCUGUGUACACAUCGAGCGAAUCCAUUUGUUUUUUGCUGUCGGGUGAAGAGAGGGUUGCUAAAAUGUAAAUUGAGGACCUAUGGUCCGACUGAUUUAAAACGGUUGGGGGUUAUUCCCUUACCUAUUGUGGCUAUGCCCUUGGAUUGAUUUUAAUUUUAGCUAUCUUAAUCUCUUGUCACAAUGAUUUCGCACUUUUAGCUACUCACUACCAAGUGUAGGGGAAAUGACCCCUGUAUCCCUCAUGUAUUGUAUUCUUUAACGUGCACACAUGUGCGACAUUGCACACAUGUGCCACUUUGCACACAGGACCAUUAACCUAAACGUCUCAUCCGAAGGACGGUACACUGUUUUAUAUUUGCAUUUUAGUCCACUAGCCGAAGCACCACUAGGAGAUGAGGGAUGGAACUCGGGUACCAAAGGAUUUCCACCGCUCAGUGUACACAUUUCAUCAGUUUUAAGUAUUUUAACAAUUAGUCAUUUAAAUGUAUAGUUUUAUCUAUAGUUAUUUGAAACUAAUAUCUUGUGUAACAUUUUAAGUGCUUAUAAAUAGAAUCUGAAUCCGAAACUGAAAUAUAAAU